GAAAUGAUAACAUAAGAAAUAAUAUUUUUUGGAAAUUAAUAUAAAAGAAAUAUACUGAAGUUUAAAAAAAAAUAAAAAAAAAAAGAGCAACGAAGGAGCUUAAAAUGGAUUGUUUUUUAAAGUUUUACCAAUAAAAUAACUGUGUAAGCUGUAUAAAACCGGCUCUAUCGCUUUCUCAUUAACACCUGUCUUCUCCCUUCUUCAAAAUAAAGCUUCUCUCUGCAAGAAUUUCAAAAGCUCAGUGCUACUACUCCUAUUCUUUAAUCACACUACCACUACACGCGUCCAACAAGAGAAAUUUUCUUUCACAUUUUCCCACGUCCCAAACACCAUCACAGAACAAGCCUUUGACCGAAGAAAGGAAAAAGAGAAAAAGGAGCACUAUGACCGUUAAUUCCAGUGACCCGAAAGAGGUUGUCCUGAAGAUAGACGGUGAAGCUAUGGAGGCAGCUAAUGGGAAGAUAUGGAGGGAAUCUAGCAUUGAUUUUUGGAACGAUAAAGAGAAAGAGAAAGAUAAGAAAGUAGUAAACAAUGAGAGUAAAGAUAACGAUGAUACGUUUGAUUUUAAUGCUAGUGCAGGUGCAUCAUCUUCAGUGGAAGAAGAUCCACCAUCAAAACUAAUUGGUCAAUUUUUACACAAACAACAAGCUUCUGGUGAGUUUUGUUUGGACAUGGACAUGGAGAUGGCUGAGCUCCAGAACAACGUUUACAAGAACUUGGGUCCGAUUUCGGAGUCUCCCUCGACGGUUAACCGGGUCUCUUUCGACCCACAUGGGUCUAACAAUGAGGCAGUGAGGAGGAGAUAUCAGCAUAAAGAUUCUCCUAGCAAGAAGAGCACUGAUAGCACUGCUGAUGGAGAGAUUCUGAAGUGUAGCUCGAGAAACGACGUGACGUUUUCUAACAGUUCGUCUUUUAAGCAGCAUAAGUCGAGUUUAUUGAAGGAGAGGCCUAAGUCUAGAUUGAUGGACCCACCACCACCGCAGCAGCAUCCGGGAAAAUCGGGAAGAGUUUUGGGAAGAUCAGGGCAAUUAAGGUCCGGAUUUGUAGGAAAAGGAAGUGUUAUUGAUGACGAAGAGGAUGAUCCUUUGUUGGAAGAGGAUUUGCCUGAAGAAUUUAAGAAAGAUAAACUUGAUAUCUGGGUUCUCCUUCAAUGGGUAAGUUUGAUCUUAAUUAUUGCUGCUUUAGUAUGUAGUCUUGUUAGUUCUUAUUUCAGGAAUAAAAGUUUGUGGAGACUUAGUUUGUGGAAAUGGGAAGUUUUUGUUUUGGUUUUGAUUUGUGGGAGGUUAGUCUCUGGUUGGGUUAUAAGGAUUAUUGUGUUUUUUAUUGAGAGGAAUUUUCUUUUGCGGAAACGGGUUCUGUAUUUUGUUUAUGGGAUUAAGAAAGCUGUGCAGAAUUGCUUGUGGUUGGGGCUUGUUUUGAUUGCUUGGCAUUUUUUGUUUGACAAGAAAGUUGAAAGGGAAACCAAGAGUAAAACGCUUAGGUAUGUGACUAAAGUCUUAAUGUGUUUACUGUUGGGUACAUUAUUGUGGCUUGUCAAGACUCUUGUGGUUAAGGUGCUUGCAUCUUCUUUUCAUGUGAGUACCUACUUUGAUCGGAUUCAGGAGUCCUUGUUUAAUCAAUAUGUGAUUGAAACACUCUCUGGUCCUCCAUUAAUUGAGAUCAAAAGAAAUGAGGAAGAGGAAGAGAGAAUUGCAGCUGAGGUACUCAAGUUACAGAAUGCGGGUGCUACAGUGCCUCCUGGCCUUAAACCAAAUACCUGCACGUCACCACAGGGUACAAAGGUAAUCGGGAGUGGCAGGAUACAGAAAAGCCCUCGAAUUGGUACCCCCAGAAUUUCACGUGCUUUUUCCAAGAAAGCCAAUGAAGAAGAUGAUGGGAUAACAAUUGAUCAUUUACACAAAUUGAAUCCUAAGAAUGUUUCUGCUUGGAAUAUGAAGAGGCUGAUGAACAUAAUACGUUAUGGUGCUCUGUCUACGCUGGAUGAGCAGAUACAAGAUUCUGCUCAUGAUGAAGAUGAGUCUGCUACCAAAAUUAAGAGCGAGUUUGAAGCAAAAGCUGCAGCAAGAAAAAUAUUUCAGAAUGUGGCUAAACCAGGGUCUCGAUAUAUCUACCUUGAGGAUAUCAUGCGUUUUAUGCAAGAAGAUGAGGCAUUGAAGGCCAUGACUCUUUUUGAAGGAGCAUCAGAAAGCAAGAAAAUUAGCAAGUCAUGUUUGAAAAACUGGGUGGUUAAUGCAUUUAGAGAACGAAGAGCACUUGCUUUGACACUAAACGACACAAAAACGGCUGUCAACAAACUGCAUCGCAUGGUGAACAUUUUGAUUGGGAUCCUUAUAGCUGUAAUUUGGCUUCUCAUACUAGGAAUUGCUACAAGCAAAUUUCUAGUCUUUCUAAGCUCCCAACUCCUCCUCGUAGCUUUCAUAUUUGGAAACACCUGCAAAACUGUAUUUGAAGCUAUUAUCUUCUUAUUUGUAAUUCACCCUUUUGAUGUGGGUGAUCGUUGCGAAAUUGAUGGAGUUCAGAUGGUGGUAGAAGAGAUGAACAUUUUAACUACUGUUUUCCUAAGAUACGAUAACCAGAAGAUUAUAAUUGCAAACAGCAUUCUUGCUACCAAAGCCAUUGGUAACUACUACCGCAGUCCAGACAUGGGAGAUGCAGUCGAGUUCCUUAUCCACAUAGCUACUCCAGCUGAAAAGAUUGCAGUCAUCAAACAACGAAUAAAUAGUUAUAUCGAGAACAAAAAGGAUCACUGGUAUCCUUCACCCAUGAUCAUAUUUAAGGAUGCAGAAGACCUGAACAGGGUGCGCAUAGCAAUAUGGCUGACCCAUAAGAUGAACCACCAAGACAUGGGGGAGAGGUGGUCAAGGAGAGCCCUCUUACUUGAAGAGAUGGUCAAAAUCUUCAGGGAGCUUGACAUUCAAUAUCGCCUGCUUCCUCUUGACAUCAAUGUCCGUGCAUUGCCCCCCGUGUCAUCCGAUCGGGUUCCCCCUAGUUGGAUGAGUUGAGUGAGUAAAUAAAGUAGAAUCAGUUGAUUCUUUUAGUGCAAUAGAGCUCCUUUUUUGUGACAAAAUAGCAUUUAGGAUAAAUCUAAUAAUCUAUGCAAGUAUAGUAUUAAACUUCUAAUGAAUGAGAAUAUCUCUACUGUAAUAUCAUUUUGUUAAUCCAUUUGCUUAACAUUCUUGUUAGAAGAAAGAAAACUUUGCGGAAACUAAGCUGCAACCUGAUCAUGUUCACUGAUUAGUUUGCCAUAAAGUGCAUUGUUGUGUUUUGGCUGCCAUGUAAUUUGCUAGUCCUUUUGGAGCCGGAGGUCUCAGUUUUUGAGAUUUUCUUUUCA